AUGCCUUACAAAAGAACUUACAAGAAGAAAAACACAGCCACUAGCCAAAGGGCUGCCGCCGAAGUAGCUCACGAAGAUACUGUUCCGACUCAGGCAACAGCUCCAACCACCUCUACUGUUACACCUCCGAAUGCUUCGGAUAGGGAUGUUAGGAGUGCUAUCAAUAUGCUCACCCAGCUAGUAGCAGCUCAGACCCAACGUCAGGAAACUGGGCCAAGUUCAGGAGGUAAUGGGGAGUCUUCUAAGGCAAAGGACUUUCUCAGAAUGAAUCCCCCAUUCCUGAAACUUAAGCAAAAUGGCAGGCCAGUUCAAGAAUACUAUUUGGAAUUCGUUAGUCUGGCAAAGCAUGCCCCACACAUGGUACCUGAUAUGAGGGCAAGAGUGAGAAGAUUCGUGGGAGGUCUUGAUUCCCAUUUGUAUGAUGGAGCCAAUAUUGUUGCACAAAAUGGGACCAUGACUAUUUCCAAGAUGGUUGCUUUUGUGCAGGGCAAGGAGACAAGGCUAAAGGAGGAAGAAGCCUUACAAAAAGAGAAAGACAAGGAGUACAACAAGAGGGUCAAAUCUACCGGACAGUUCAGCGGGAACCGAAAUAGGAACUUCUUCAAGAACAGGUCAGCAGCACCUGCUCCGUCCACAGCAAGUGCCCCACCCCCUAAGUUCCGCAAUGAUAAGAGGCAGAAUUUCAGGCCAUCAAGUUCGUACUCUCAAACUAGUGGGGGUCAGUCGAACUAUAAUUAUCCGAUAUGCGGCAAAUGUAAUAAGAAACACUUAGGUGAGUGUCUCAUGGGCAGGAAUGUAUGUUAUGGUUGUGGCCAGAGGGGCCAUAUUCAGAAAGAUUGUCCAUCAGCUAGGCAAGAUACCGGAGGUAAUGUGACACAAACCACAAAUUCAGCAGUCCCUCGUAAUAAUCAGGCCCAGCAGGGGAGCAAUGCAGUUAGGGCUGGGAACGCAAGCGGGGGGCGAAACCGCAUGUAUGCAUUGACAGGCCGUCAGAAUGCAGAGGCUCGGGCAGAUGUUGUUACAGGUACUCUAACAGUUUUCACUUUCGAUGUAUAUGCCCUUAUUGACCCAGGAUCCACCCUAUCUUAUGUAACCCCUUUUGUUGCUAAGAAAUUUGGCAUUGAACCUGAAAAAUUGUAUGAACCCUUUGAAGUGUCCACCCCCGUUGGAGAAUCACUCACAGUUAGACAUAUGUAUAGGGGUUGCCCAGUUUUAGUCUACCACCGCAGAACCAUAGCUGAUUUAGCAGAAUUAGAAAUGGUAGACUUCGAUGUGAUCAUGGGUAUGGAUUGGUUAGCUUCAUGUUAUGCCACAGUCUGUUGUAGAACUAAGGUGGUAAGAUUCGAGUUUCCUAAUGAGCCAGUCAUAGAAUGGAAGGGUAAUUCAGUAGUACCCAGGGGUAGAUUCAUUUCUUACCUAAAAGCCAGAAAAAUGAUUUCCAAGGGCUAUAUCUACCACCUAGUUCGGGUCAAGGAUUCAGAUGCUCAAACUCCAACUCUUCAAUCUGUUCCAGUUGUAAAUGAAUUUCCGGAAGUCUUCCCCGAAGAUCUUCCAGGAGUCCCUCCUGACAGGGAGAUUGAGUUUGGAAUUGAUUUACUUCCCGAUACUCAGCCGAUAUCUAUUCCACCAUACAGAAUGGCUCCAGCGGAGUUAAAAGAGUUAAAAGCCCAAUUGAAAGAUCUACUUGAUAAGGGGUUUAUUAGGCCUAGUGUUUCGCCUUGGGGUGCACCAGUCCUAUUUGUCCGAAAGAAGGAUGGUUCUUUACGUAUGUGUAUAGAUUACCGACAGCUGAACAAGGUCACCAUUAAGAACAGAUACCCUCUUCCUAGAAUCGAUGACUUAUUUGAUCAGCUGCAAGGUGCCCAAUGUUAUUCCAAGAUUGAUCUCAGGUCAGGUUAUCAUCAGUUGAAGGUUAAAGAAGUGGAUAUUCCUAAGACAGCUUUUAGGACCCGUUAUGGCCAUUUCGAAUUUCUCGUUAUGUCAUUCGGGUUGACAAUUGCACCAGCUGCUUUUAUGGAUCUUAUGAACAGGGUCUUCAAGCCUUAUCUCGAUUUAUUCGUCAUUGUCUUUAUUGACGAUAUUUUGGUGUAUUCCCGUAAUGAGGCCGAACAUGCAGAACAUCUCAGAAUAGUGUUGCAGACUCUUAAGGAGCGAGAGCUUUUUGCAAAAUUUUCAAAGUGUGAGUUUUGGCUUAAAUCAGUGACAUUCUUAGGCCACGUGAUCUCGGGUGAAGGUGUUAGAGUUGAUUCUCAAAAGAUUGACGCCGUAAAGAGUUGGCCCAGACCCGCUUCAGUUUCUGAUAUAAGAAGUUUCUUGGGUCUGGCAGGUUAUUAUCGGCGCUUUGUGGAAGGAUUUUCUUCUAUCUCUGCUCCGUUGACCAAGUUGACUCGAAAGAAAAUUAAGUUCCAAUGGUCAGAUGCUUGUGAGCGAAGCUUUGAAGAGCUGAAGAAAAGAUUGACUUCUGCCCCAGUUUUGACCUUGCCAGAGGGAACCGAAGGAUUCGUGGUUUAUUGUGAUGCUUCGGGAGUUGGUCUCGGAUGUGUCUUAAUGCAGCAUGGUAAAGUUGUAGCUUAUGCAUCUCGUCAGCUCAAGGUUCACGAAAGAAAUUACCCGACUCAUGACUUAGAAUUGGCAGCUGUAGUUUUUGCGCUUAAGAUAUGGCGACAUUAUUUGUAUGGGGUGCACGUUGAUAUUUUCACGGAUCAUAAAAGCCUGCAGUAUAUCUUCAAGCAAAGGGAGCUAAAUCUUAGACAGAGGAGUCUAUUUCGGGCAACGAUAACUCCUUGA